AUGCCUCUCGACUCGGCUGUUCCUCCACAAUUUCUUCACACUUCUCGCCAUCGAUCAUUUGAUCGCUUGCAUUCUCUUUACCCUUUUUGCUGGGCGGUGCCGUGGCGAAUGGGUUCGAAUCGACCGGAAGAUAUCGAGGAGAUCGCUAAAUAUUUAUCUUCGAACCCUUAUUUCUUUUUUCUUUCUUUAUUGUCUUUUUAUUCAUUGAAGCCUAAUUCUCUCGUUCUCUUAAAUUACUUUUCUUUGUUUGUAAUCUCCUUUACUCUGUCUAGCUUUUUUAUUCUUUUAUCCUAUCACAUAUUUUUCCCUAUCUUUCUCUCUAAGCCAUUUCAUUUUAUUAAUUUCUUUAUACUAUCAAUGUUAGUUUUUUUUUCAUUCGUUCUUUUCGCUUUUCAUUUCCAGUUUUUUUUCUUUGUUUUCUUCCUACUUUCUUUGGUUCAUUUGAGCAUUUCUAUGUUUUUCCUUCAUUUUUUUUUAAUUUUCUGUUUCUACCCUACAUUAUUUCCUUCAGUUAUUUAUUCUGUCCGUAUUUUUUUUUCUUUUAUUCGUAUUGUAUGA